AUGGUUGUGGCUGUGUUCUUUUCUUAUAUUCUUUGUUUCGGGUAUUUUCUGUGUUUUUUCGUUACCUUAUGCAUUUAUAGUAAGAGAAUUUUGCAUUAAGGUAGCAUUAGAUGUUUUAUCUUUUUUCGGAGCAUUUUUGCUGAUUUUUUGCACAUACAAAGCAAGAAAAUAUGAAGAAACUUACAUGGAAAUUGAUGAAAGUUUAUAUACCCCUUUAAAUUACCAGCUAAAUGAAGUUGACCAUGUUAAUCAUGUAACCCCAUUUGCCAAAGUUGGAUUCUUUAGUUUGAUGUCAUUUUGGUGGUUGAAUCCGUUGAUGAAAACGGGUCAAGAGAAAACACUUCAGGACGAAGAUAUGCCAAAGUUGCGAGAGUCUGACCGAACAGAAAAAUGUUAUGCAUUGUUUAUAGAUCAACUGAAUAGACAGAAGCAGCAGGACAAAUCAUCACGGUCAUUGGUUUUAUGGACAAUAAUCUUGUGCCAUCGUAGAGAGAUUUUGAUAUCGGCAUUCUUUGCAUUACUCAAGGUACUCGCAAUCUCUUCUUGUCCUGUGAUUUUGAAUGCCUUUAUUUUGGUGGCCGAGGGUAAUAAAAGUUCGAAAUAUGAAAGUUAUGUAUUAGCCAUCUCGCUUUUGUUUACGAAGAUUUUAGAAUCUCUAUCCCAAAGGCAGUGGUAUUUUCGCACUAGACUUAUUGGUAUGAAAAUUAAAUCAUUACUCAUUGCAGCCGUUUAUAAGAAACAAAUGAGGUUAUCCAAUGCUGCUAGAUCGGUUCACUCCGGUGGUGAGAUAAUGAAUUAUGUGAAUGUGGAUGCUUAUAGAAUUGGAGAAUUUCCAUUUUGGUUUCACCAUACAUGGACAACAACCCUCCAACUAUGUAUCGCAUUAGUAAUUAUUUUUCGUGCAGUUGGGCUCGCGACAAUUGCAUCAUUUGUAGUGAUAGUUUUGACUGUGAUUUUAAAUACUCCAUUGGCAAAGUUACAACAUAAGUUUCUAAGCAAUCUUCUUGUGGCGCAAGAUGAAAGGUUGAAGGCUAGUUCCGAAGCUCUAGUGAAUGUUAAAGUGUUGAAGUUAUAUGCAUGGGAAAUGCAUUUUAAAAAUGCUAUCGAAGGCUUAAGAUACGUUGAACUCAAAUGGUUAUCUUCAGUGUUACUACAAAAAGCAUACAAUGUCAUUUUGUUUUGGUUUUCGCCGUUUUUCAUCUCUGCUGCAACAUUCGGGGCAUGUUACUUUUUGAAAGUUCCUUUACAUGCAAAUAAUAUUUUCACCUUUGUUGCAACAAUACUCCUUUUGCAAGAUCCGAUUUCAACCAUUCCAGAUGUUAUUGGAGUGAUCAUUCAAGCAAAUAUUGCAUUUUCUCGGAUUGUGAGAUUCCUUGACGCGCCUGAGCUGCAGAGUUCAAAUUUUAGUAAGAGUUGCUUCGAUGAGAAGUUAAAGGGCUCAAUUUUAAUCAAAUCUGCGGACUUUUCAUGGGAAUAUAAUAUAUUGAAGCCGACAAUAAGUAACAUAGAUUUAAAGGCUAGUGUUGGACAAAAGAUAGCCAUUUGUGGUGAAGUUGGCUCAGGUAAAUCAACUCUCUUAGCAGCAAUUCUCGGAGAAAUUCCUAAUACUAACGGAAAUAUCGAAGUUUAUGGCACGUUUGCUUAUGUUUCUCAAACAGCAUGGAUACAAACAGGAACAAUACAAGAAAAUAUUUUGUUUGGAUCAGCUAUGGAUGUUCAAAGGUAUCAAGAAACACUUCAUAGGUCUUCACUGAUGAAGGACCUUGAGUUGUUUCCAUAUGGUAAUCUAACCGAGAUAGGAGAGAGAGGUGUAAAUCUAAGCGGGGGUCAAAAGCAGCGAAUUCAACUUGCUCGAGCUUUUUAUCAGAAUGCCGAUAUAUAUCUCUUGGAUGAUCCAUUCAGUGCUGUUGACGCGCACACUGCCACUAAUUUAUUCAAUGAAUACGUAUUGGAAGGACUUGCCGGAAAGACAGUCCUUCUUGUGACUCAUCAAGUUGACUUUCUCCCUGCAUUUGAUUCUGUUUUGUUGAUGUCAAAUGGACAAAUCCUGCAAGCUGCUCCUUACCAUGAUCUACUGACCUCUAGCCGAGAAUUUACGGACCUUGUCAAUGCUCACAAAGAGACUGCUGGUUCUGGUCGACUUGUAGAUGUUACUUCAUCGCAAAGACAUUCAAGUUCUGAUAGAGAGAUUCAGAAAACUUUUACGGAGAAGCCGUUUAAAGCUUUAAACGGAGAUCAAUUAAUUAUGCAAGAAGAGAGGGAACGAGGAGACGCAGGGUUGAAGCCUUACUUACAAUAUCUCAAUCAAAAAAGAGGCUAUCUAUACUUCUUUCUCGGUUCUCUUUCUCACCUGAUGUUUGUGAUUUGUCAGAUAUUGCAAAACUCGUGGAUGGCUUCCCGUGUUGACGAUCCUCAAGUCAACACAUUACAAUUGGUUGUAGUUUACUUGUUGAUUGGAGUUACCUCUAAUUUUUUCAUGAUAAUCAGAAGUCUUCUUGCUGCUCUAUUGGGUUUUCAAUCAUCAAAACAUAUAUUCUCACAGCUAAUGAACUCUCUUUUUCGAGCACCGAUGUCUUUUUAUGACUCUACACCUUUGGGAAGGAUACUUAGUAGGGUUUCAUCUGAUUUAAGCAUUGUGGAUCUUGAUAUCUCAUUUAACCUCACUUAUGUCGUCGGAUCAACUAUAAGUUGUUACAUGGAUCUUAUAGUUUUAACAUCCUUCACUUGGCAAGUCUUGUUUGUCACUAUACCAAUGGCUUAUGUUAUUGUAAAGUUACAGAGACACUACUAUGCCUGUGCAAAACAACUUAUGCGGAUGAAUGGAACAACAAAAUCCUCUGUAGCUAAUCAUGUAGCUGAAACUUUUGCUGGAGCUAUGACAAUAAGGGCUUUUGAGCAGGAAGAUCGUUUUUGCGAAAACAAUUUUAAUCUAAUUGAUGUCAAUGCCAGUGCUUUGUUUCACAGUUUUGCCUCAAAUGAGUGGUUUAUCCAACGUGUAGAAACAGUGUAUGCCGUUGUUCUUACCUCUGCGGCACUUUGCAUUGCUAUGCUUCCAUUUGGGACCUUAACAUCUGGAUUUAUCGGUAUGGCUCUUUCUUAUGGCCUUUCUCUAAAUGGUUCUUUAGUAUAUUCAAUUCAAAGCCAAUGCAUUAUGGCAAAUUAUAUAGUAUCUGUAGAAAGGAUAAACCAGUAUACUCAUAUACCAAAUGAGGAUCAAGAAGGAAAUUGUCCUCCAGUUAAUUGGCCAGUUGUAGGCAAAGUAGAAAUACGCGAUUUACAGAUACGAUACAGGCCGAAAGAACCACUUGUACUUCACGGUAUCACUUGCACAUUUGAAGGAGGGCACAAGAUUGGUAUUGUUGGUAGAACAGGCAGCGGAAAAUCCACUCUGAUAGGUGCUUUGUUUCGUCUUGUGGAGCCGGCGGGUGGCAAAAUUAUAGUUGAUGGCAUAGACAUCUCGUCUAUUGGCCUUAAUGAUUUGAGGUCAAGUUUUGGUAUUAUACCUCAGGAUCCUACCCUUUUCAUUGGGACAGUUAGAUAUAACUUAGACCCUUUAUCUCAACAUUCUGAUCAAGAAAUAUGGGAGGUUCUUCAAAAGUGUCAGUUGCGAGAGUCUGUCAAAGAUAAAGGCGGCUUAGAUUCCUCAGUUACGCUGUCUUUUGUCGAAGAUGGAUCAAACUGGAGCAUUGGACAAAGGCAACUAUUCUGUUUAGGGCGUGCUCUUUUGAGGCGAAGUAAGAUAUUGGUGCUUGACGAAGCAACUGCGUCAAUCGAUAAUGCAACUGAUUUGAUUCUUCAGAAUACCAUUAGAAAAGAGUUUGCUGAUUGUACAGUGAUCACAGUAGCACACAGGAUACCGACUGUGAUGAAUUGCAAUAUGGUUCUUUCGAUAAGCGACGGAAAAUUGGUUGAGUAUGAUGAGCCAAUGAAGUUAAUGAAGAGAGAAAAAUCAUUGUUUGGACAACUUGUUAAGGAAUAUUGGUCUCAUUUUCAGUAGUGGA